UUGACGGACGAUUUUAAGCUUUUAUGAGGGUUGAGUUCAGACACAAAAUUAAACUAUUGAGAAUUUGAUAGUUUCCAGUGAUUUAAUCCCCCCUUCCCUACUCUAUGGCUUCUGGUUCCAACAUGGACAUAGAGGGCGCGACCCAGCACCUUCGGGACAUCUUAAAACUGGAUCGUCCCGGUAAUUCGGCCGAGCCUUCUUUGGUAGAGAGCCAGAGAAAACCAUCUUUCAAUGGAGAGUUGAAUGGCAUUCUUGGAGCGGAUCUUAUUGGAGCAGGAGGACUUGCGACAAUGUUGGAGCCAACUGCUCACAACUUAGACAAACUUAAUGGACAGGACACACAGACUAUCUGCCUUUCAGGAGACGAUGGAUCCACCUGUGUCCCCAUCAGAGCAAACAAUGUUGAAAUUGUGUCCAGUCGUGACUCUAGUAUUGACAGUAAGGCUCGUGGCAGCAACAAGGUUAAAAUUCAGCCAGUGGCCAAAUAUGACUGGGAGCACAAGUACUACUAUGGCAAUUUAAUAGCCGUGUCCAACUCAUACUUGGCUUAUGCCAUCAGAGGCGCAAACAAUCAUUCUAUGAUCCGAGUGCUGCGGUUGGGAUCAACCGAGCGUUCGCUGCUGAAGGGCUUCACCGGUGCAGUCACAGACCUUGCUUUCGCCCACUUGGACUCCACCCUGUUGGGCUGCGUGGAUGAGGCUGGAAACAUGUUCAUUUGGCAGCUCACUAGCCACAGCAGCAAAAUACACGAUGAAGUGAUCGUUCACAUCCGAAGGCCUGAGGACACCCCACUAAAUUCCAACCGCAGACUCAUCUGGUGUCCCUUCAUCCCGGAGGACAAUGAUGAGAACCCAGAGGAUGCGUGUCAGACACUGGCACUCCUUCAUGAAGACCGAGCUGAGGUUUGGGACCUUGACAUCCUCCGAUCCAAUAACAGCUCAUGGCCUGUGGACGCCACAGAACUGAAAGAGGGCUUCAUCACCAUUAGAGGACACACAGCACGCAUUAGUGAGGGAGCUCUGUCCCCUGAUGGCACGGUCUUGGCCACAGCCAGUCAUGAUGGAUUUGUAAAGUUUUGGCAAAUCUACAUUGAAGGACAGGACCAACCCAGAUGCCUGCAUGAAUGGCAGCCACAUAAUGGACGGCCUCUUUCCUGCCUGCUCUUUUGUGACAACCACAAGAAGCAAGACCCAGAAGUUCCUUUCUGGCGCUUCCUGAUCACUGGAGCUGAUCAGAACCAGGAACUUAAGAUGUGGUGCACAGUGUCAUGGACGUGCUUACAAACUAUCAGAUUUUCCCCUGAUCCAUUCAACAGCAGUGUACUACCCAGCUUGAAGGCCAGUUUGGACCUGUCUGCAGAAUUUCUCAUUCUCAGUGAUGUUCAGAGGAAGGUGUUGUAUGUCAUGGAGCUGUUACAGGAUCAGGAAAAAGGCUGUGCCAGCUUCACUGCAGUUUCAGAGUUUCUGCUUACACACCCUGUGCUCAGCUUCGGCGUACAGGAUGUCGCCCGCGCCAGACUGCGCCACACAGAAGUCCUUCCCCCUGAUGAGGAAAGUGAAAGCAUGACGACAGAAGGAAACCAGGGACCCUCGGAGUCCAAAUCAGGAAUCCAGAUUAAACUCUACUGCGUGCAUACAAAAUCACUACAGGAUGUGCAGAUCUGGUUCCAGCCCAAUCAGGGGGCCUCUUCCUCCCUCUUCAUGCCACAGUCUGGAUCACAGGAUGGCUUUGGGUUUUCUGACCCACUGGCUGAUCUGAAUGUGGAGGCAAUGAGCUCUGAUAAAGAGUCUGGUGAUAGUGGAUCACAGAAUGACCUGAGUAAGAUUCUGGCUCUUCCAACUCCAGCUGACUUCAUGAGUCCAGCCCCAUCAGCCUUGCCCAAACUCAUGACCCCAGAUGCCUUCAUGACGCCCAGCGCCUCCAUGCCCGCUUCUCCUGGCAGCAGUGCCAGCAGCCUGACCAUAGUCACGGCCAUGAGCAGCUCAGAUAGCGGUGCAAGAGGUGGAGAUGAUCUUACCCAGAGCCCUAAAAUGUCUGUCGAAUGUGGCAACAGCAGCUUGACUCUGAAUGCCAGCGCAGGCAGUCCAAGAUCCAACUCUAUCCUCAUCUCAGGCCUUGGGGAAAAUAUCCAGGUUUCCCCUCCAAACCCUCCCCUCUCCCUGGAUCUCCAGGCCAUAGACCCCAUGGUUGUCCCCCAGGCCUCUCCGACCAGAGCUCGCUCUCCAGAUGUCAUCUCCUCUGCUUCUACGGCAAUGUCCCUGGACAUCCCCGAGAUCGCCUCAGAGACCCUGCAGAGGGGGCUGCCCGGUGCUGCUGCUGACUCAGGCCCUGUCCUGCAUUCUGACAGCAUGGCAUCAGCCGCAUCAGUCCUCCACCUGUUGUCUCCAAGAGCCCGGAGCAGUGCUGAGCACAGUUUGCUGCUUCUGGAAUUGGGUGCAGCAUCUGUGGAUGGAGAACAGAGACUCAAUAACACACCCUCCCUGCUGGAGACGGCUCUGUCGCAGGAGAACGCAGUAGCAGCUGGAGGAUCCUGUUCGGACAGCAGCGUGAACCACACCUGGCCCGCAGCACCUGAUAUCACACGAGAAACUCGCAACAGCCUGAGAGACAAUGGUUUGGGAGACUGCUCUAGGGAGGAAAUAAAGGACAGAUACAUUUCUUCUCCAUACCACAGGCGCACAUAUCACCUGACUCAGAACGACAGUCAAGAUGCAAGUGCAGAGCAGAGUGAUCAUGAUGAUGAGGUUGCCAGUCUGGCCUCCUCCUCGGGAAAUUGUGGCCCUCACUCCUCUCACAGACUUCCUGUGAAAGACUGGAAAACAUCUCCCUGCAGCUCGCCUAAGCUCAAGAGGAAGAGCAAGAAGGAUGAAGUAGAGUCCUCACAGUCUAGACAGAUUGAGAACCAGAUGAGCACAGAGGUGCAGGAUGAGCUCCUACAGAUGUUACGGAGCCAGCAAAGGGAGAUCGCUGAGCUGAGACAGAACCAGCUGGACAUUCUGCAGAGAGUCACCAGCCACAUGGAUGCUGUGCAGAGCUCCAUCAUGGCUCACAUUGAGCACGCCAUGUUGGCUCAGCAGGAACAAGAACAGAGAAGAAUGGAGAGAAUUCUGGCUGAAGGACAAAGCCGGAACCAACAGUUCCAGGACCAGCUGGUUCAGCAGCUCGUCCAGACUCUGAACAACAGUCUCUGCAACCGGCUAGACAAAGUUUUGCGUGAAGAAAUGAAGAAGACCGUCCCACAGGCCAUAUCGAAGAGUCUAGAUCCUGUGACUGGCCAGAUGAGCAGCACCAUCGCUGCCAAGUUAACCGCAGUGGAAGGAACACUGAAGGAAAAUGUCACCAAAGUAGUUAAAUCCAAGAACACUACGGAUGCUAUCGGUCGUGCCGCUGCAGAGGCCAUGCAGGGCCCCAUCCAGGCGGCCUACAAAGAGACCUUCCAGAGCAUCGUGCUGCCCGUGUUUGAGAGAGGCUGCCAGUCCAUGUUUCAGCAGAUCAAUGACAGCUUCAAACAGGGAACCAACGAGUACAUCCAACAGCUGGAGACACACAUCAAGAACAGGAAACAGCGGGACCAGGAUGCACGGGAUCCUGUGAUUGGCCAGCUGCAACAGAUGAUUGACACGCUCCAGAAUUCUCAAGACCAGCUGGCCACCACUGUGACGGCCAGCGUGUGCUCUGACGUUCAGCAUCAGCUCCACAUGAUCGUGGGAAAUCUGCAGGACUCGAUCCUGAUGCAGGUGCAGCGCAUAGUGAAGGGAGAGGUGAGUCUGGCCAUGAAGGAGCAGCAGGCAGCUGUCACCUCCAGCAUCAUGCAGGCCAUGCGCUCGGCCGCAGGAACACCUGUACCCUCCGCACAUCUGGACUACCAGGCCCAGCAGGCCAGCAUACUGCAGUUACUACAGCAGGGCCAGCUCAAUGAGGCCUUCCAACAGGCUUUAUCUGCAGCAGACUUGAAUCUGGUGCUAUACGUGUGUGAGACCAUUGACUCCCAGCAAGUGUUCGGCCAGCAGCCCUGUCCACUCCAUCAGGCCGUCCUUCUGUCUCUCAUCCAGCAGCUCUCCACCAACCUGAGCACACGCACAGAACUCAAGAUCAGCUAUCUUGAAGAUGCUGUGAUGAACCUGGACCAUGGAGAUCCAGUCACCAGAGACCACAUGUCUGCAGUGCUGUCCCAGGUACGACAGAAGCUGUUACACUUCCUGCAGCAGGACGCCCACAGCCCUCUUUGCAAGCGUGCUCGGCGCCUCAUGAUGAUGCUGCAGGGCCUGGUCAAUCACUAGAAGAGCCCCUUCGGAUGGCGCAGCUGACAUCUUCACAACCUCUCAGUCAUUGUUCUGCAGUCUCGUAGACGACCGUCAUGACCUCAUACCACCCUGCUGUUCAGUUGCUUUAUCUGUGCUCUGUAGCUUAUUGGCUCUCUCAAGAAGCACUAUUGGGAGUUGUAGUUCAGGCUUGGACUAUAUAUUGGCGGCUUUGGACUACCCCCCCAUCUUUCCCUCCCUCGUUCCUUCCAGACUAUUUUUUUAUUUUGUUUCUCUGCACAUGUGAAUAAUCCUCAGUUUGUAUGCCACACCAUCAUGAAUGCAGAACGGGACAUGGCUACUUCAGUUAUUUUCAUUAUGCGUUCAAUACCAGGAGACCACAACUUUUUUUUUCCCCUUUUUUUUUUUUUCAUUCUUGACACAUCAGGAACAAGACUGGAGAGCGUGAGAGAAUGAAAACUAACGUGAACCCUCCAAAUUUCUGCUGAAUGGAUGGUUUCCUGGCUGCUCUGCUUUCUUGUGGUGGAAUGCCGUCGAACGUUAUUGAUAAAGGUUGUAUUUAGGCCACUUAUCCUUACCUGACUCAACUGUUUUGCUGAAAAUAAUUUGGCCAAGUUACUGCUUUUUCAUGUCAAGUGGAGCAUCAUACAUGUUUCUGGAAUUUUUGUUAAUGCUAUCAGGAUUUGAAAUGGUCAAAGCAAGAUUUUUGUUCGAACAGUUUAAAUUCUGGACUAUUGCAAAAUCGACCCGCUUUCCAAUCAGCAGAGCCCUGUAAAUAUAUAUAAGAGGGCUUAUUAUGUUACCAAGGAAUGCUAACAACAUAGUUACUUGGAAUUCUUCAAAUGGAACCUUGAGUCUAUAACUUGUAGUUCGUCUGUAAGUCUCUAGAGGGCAGGCAUUUGUGUUAUCUUCUUUCUAAUUUUAUAUGCUGCUUUUGUGAUUUUUCAGCUCUUCCGCAGAAUUAGACUACAGUGAAUGCAACAAGGCUCUUCUUUUAAAAAAAAUACAGGGGUUUUUUUUUCUGUGAAAUUUUCCUUUCUGUAUCGCAGCACCCAAAUAUUUGAAAGUGUUGGAGAAAGUGGCUGAGAAAUGCCUAUUUUCUGCUCCAUUCUAGUCAGUUGUAUUUGAUUUAGACUGAGCUUGCCAACACUUGUUAUUGAUUAGGAGGGACUAUCUGGUCAUGCCCUCUGAUAAAGGCAGAACAAAAAGAAAGUGCCUUAUCAGACUAUUGUGUAUCAUAUAUUGGUAAUCGGGUCCUCUGACCCUACACUGGGCGCUGCGUUGGUGUGUGUGUGUAGCCUAUCUCCAAGCAAAUUUUCUUUUUUCACUAAAACACGGAAUUGAAGUUAGGAAUGGACAGUUUACAGCACUUGCAAGAAAAUGUUUCAGUAACAAACCUGUGAC